CCGAAGGCCGCCUAAAUUCAGCAAAUCUAACUGUCUCAAUGCAACUGCAGCAUAAUAAAUCAAAAAAGCUAAAAAUUAGUUACAGCAAAUGGAGAGGAGGAAAGAGGAACAAGGCCUACUUCGGAGUGAUGAAAUGAACAAGGUGGUACCAGCUAGCCAAUAAGAGCCGUUCCUCUCCUCAGUCCGGUCUGCCAGGGGAUGCCUGUGUGUGGCUCUGAGGCAACAACUCCAAUCAGCCCUUUGUGGCAGUAAACGUCGCACCCGAGGGACUUUGAGAAACAUUCAGCUGACAGUAAUAAGCAGCUCCGCCACUGCGCAACGAUGGAGCUAUCGCAACGAUGGAGAUGACGCAAACAGACCCAGCUCUCCGAAAAAGUGUUUCAAGACGAACAUGGCGGCAACUUAACCGCGGUCAAAGAUGACAAUGGCCACCGGGAGGAAGGAUUCUAGACUUUUCGCCCAGGUACGGGACGGAGAAAGCAGCCUGCGUGCAUCGGAAGGGCUCGUUGCUCUCCUUUAAGUCAAUCUGCCAACCGAGGGGCGGCGGACGCGCAGCAUCAGUACCGAGAGGCUCGCAACAGCUGGUCUCCUCGCGCCCCCGACGAGAGAACAAACCCGGAGAGGGACGGUAUAGGAACAGGGGGGCAUGCGGUCAAAGAGGACGCCGUUUCCCCCCGGAGAGCCAUGGAGAGCCGGGAUGCGGCAGCGCGAAGCUUAAUCUGUGCGGGCGCGCUAAUUGGAUCGGAAUAGCACGGAUUGCUGCGGGCGCAAUAAGAGGAGCGCCCUGGACCGGCGGAGGCACGGCACCCCACCGUUACAGAGGAGAACCAACCGGAGUCAAUCUCCCCCCAAGUCAAUGAGUAUUGUGGCAGAGCAGCCCCCGCGGUGGAGUCGGCCAGGGCAGCACUCUCCUAAAAUAUGACCAGGGGUGCUUGGAUGCGUCGGCAGCAUGAUGAAGGCUUAAAAUACUGGUUUGCACCCCGAGAGAACGAGAAGCCAUUUACCGAGUCGGAGCGGGCCCAGAGAUGGCGACUGUCGCUGGCCUCUCUGCUCUUCAUCACCGUCCUGCUCUCUGAUCACUUGUGGUUCUGCGCCGAGGCCAAACUGACGCGAACCCGAGACAAGCGGCCGGACGAGGGGCUCGUCACUACGGACAUGGGCGAGUACCGAAAGUCCCUCCACCGACACCCUAUCCCAACAACACCCGACCCCCGCCGCCUCGCCAGAGAGCAAGAUGCUAUUUUUCUAGGGAAUUCUACCAAACCUCUGUGGCGAAUGGACACCUGUCACCCCGACAGCCUGUUCAAAGACUGCUUUACUUUCACGGACGCGCAGACCGUGUGCCUGGGCCUCUCCGAUGGAGGGGACAAGGGGACACAGCUGGCGUACGUGAAUCUGAGCGAUUUGUACCUUUCUUUUUGUAAUUCCUACUCACUUUUGGAUUUGUUUAACGGGUUUACGAGUCUGGACGAUUUGAAUUGCACCCUGGAUAUGACCACGGGGGAGGGAUGCAGCGAGUGUAUCCGGGCUUAUCAGCGUCUGGACCGGGAGGCGGAGGACAACUACCGGGAGUUUGAGCUGCUGGUUCAGAAAUACGAGACGGAUGUAUACUCGGUCAGGACGUGCAUGGAGGAAUGCAAGAUGGUGUAUAAGCCAUGGCUAUGUUCCCAGUACUUCCAGACCUCCCAGAUGCACUGCAGCAGGAGGAUCCCCUGUGGUCAGUACUGCCUGGAGGUGCAGCAGCGGUGCCCCUUUGUCCUGCCCGACAAUGAUGAUCUCAUUCACGGAGGCAGCCCCAGUUUUAUAUGCACAGGGCUGCUGGAGGACUAUCCAUCAGGUGUGGACCCCAAGGCAGAGUGCUGUGACGUUCGGUGGGACUUAAAAGUGGACAACCGAUCCCGGGGGACCCUGAAAAGAACUCACCCGCCGUGCCAGCACCGUACCUCCCUCAGCUCCUCGGCAGCCUGCAGACUGUGUAACAGCCGGCUCAAACUCUGCCUGCUGGUCCUCGUCCUCCUACACACUGUUGCCAGCCUCACUGCAUCCCACAAUGCAACAGGACUGGGCCUCCCCGCCAUCACGCCUCUUGAGGAGAGCCCUGCCAACGAGGAGUGAUGGAGCCGCCAGGAGGCAGAGAGGUUGUCGGGGUGGGGGAUUCCCUCACCAUGGCAACAGAUGUGGAAAAAUACAGGCACGGGUUGUGCGAGCGGCUGGAGCUGUGUGCCUGUGGACAUUCUGCAACGCUCUCCGGCUAAUGGAAAAUGUGGGACUCUCUGGGACGAAUAAGACACACAAAUCAAUCAAAAACAAAUAAACAAAUAAACAAACUGACACACUAAGGGAUUCAAAAGGUCCCUUAGAUAGAAAGGGGACAAUGCCACAGCCUUUGUUGAGUGGGAAGGUCAGCUUCCUCAUGGCUGAGUUUCUCUCACUACGCUUUUUUACACUGUGUUCCAAUUCUUGGUUUCUGUUGCACUGGCUGACUAUGGAGUAACACAAUCAUAUUCUCUUUCUAAUGUUCAUCCUUUGUGUUUGUUUCUGGGUCUCUCAUAGAGGAAGAAAAUCUGCUCUCAGAUAAAACAGAUAAUGUGUUAAGAAAUUAAUUAGCUGCAAGUUUGUGCGUGCAAGGGUUUGUGUUUCUAGAUUUACUGUGUGUGUGUGUGUGCGUGUGCGUGCGUGUGCACGAGCAUGUGUGGGCGUGUUUGUGUGCUUGUAUGCAUGUCUCUAUGUGUGUAUGAGGAGAUGAGUGUGUGGUAAUAACACAGACCCUUAAAGUCUACCUACCAGGCAGGUACAGCAACGAUGUUUUCAUGGAGCCCCCCUCUCUCCAUCUCUCUCUGAUGCGGUUUAGCUCUGCUGGCCAAAAUCACGCUGAUCUUAACCCGGCUUUGGAAAGUGCUUCUGAUAUCCAUAAUAAGCACUGUGUUUAACACAGGUUUCUGGUUUUCCCUCACUUUGUUUUGUGAGAUAUUCACAGACCAAAACAUUUGUGUAAUUAGCAUCAGUAAAAAGCUAACACCUGGCUAAACUGUGAGAAACAACAGGAACAAAUUGGAAUAAUUUCUCCAGCACUCAAAGGGUCUGGUGAGUGUUAUCUAACCAGUAGAACUGAUUCUGAUGAUGAUGAUUCUUUGAGCUCCAAACUAACACGAUAACAGGGCUGAGCCAUGUGAACAAAUUUAGAACAGUUAGCAUCAAUUUUUUAUGUCCUUUCAGGUGUAAAAAAAUGUUAAAAAAUGUUAAAAGUUACAUCAUUUAAAAUCCCCCUUUAACUGACCAGUGCUUAGGAUUGGAUCUCCUUCUUCCAUGUUUCACUCUAGCCAAGCCAUCGACUGUAUACCAAUAUGGACACCACACCUCCAUCUCCUCCAAUUAUGGGAUGUGAAGCCAAAACGCCGCCACCAUAGGUGCUGACAUAUUGCGCUAGUGCAGCCAAGGCAUGCACAGAAGCGACCCGGCGACCCUCACGUUACACCUCCUCUGCUUACCAAAGCACACAUUUCACCUUCUGAUAAGACAUCAAAGAUCCCUCAGGUCGGUAGAGUCCACAGCGGAACAGAUACUUGUGUUGAUUUGAAGUGGACACACAUGGUUAUGUAAAGUCCAUCGAGUUCUUCUCUUGCUGUUCCUCCUCUACUCUGCUAAUCAGGUACAGAACGCUGCUGGAGCCUGUAUUUGUCAACAGAGCUGUCAAUCAAUCCUCUUUUAAACCUCAAAUAACUUGUUAAAGCUAUACUUCCCCCAAAAUCGAACACUUCCACAUAAAUCAGCAUUAUAAAAACUAAGUUAAAUGAUAGAUAGCAUGUGAUGUGUGUUUUGAUUUUCAAGUUUGACCCAUGUUCCAUCUGUUAUAAUGGAAGGGGCGGGAUUUUAGACUGAUACUGCAGCCAGUCACUAGGGGGAGCUUUAAAAGUUCUGGCUUCACUUUGAAUGGCUGUUGUGUUGACCAUGUUUGAUACAGUCUAUGAGCUCUGUUGGAGAAAGUUAAGCUAAUGCUGAAGCGCCUCACCACUUUGAGUAAAGCCUCUAAUUGUCAACAACAAAAAAAAAUCAGUUUUCUAGCGUAAGAAAUUUGCAGUGUCUCUUUUUUUGUCGAACUAUGAAGUAGUAUGCCACUUUCUCAACACUCUCAAGCACACAGAAUGACUUUAUCUCACAGAACAAAACAUGAAGCUGUGUUAAGCUAGUCUUAACCAAAGCUGUGAUUUCAGGCAUUCAUCCAAAACCCUGUUCAGAUCCUGGACACUUUUCAGCAUCUUGGCUCAGCAGAGUUGACUGACAUCAGGCACCAGAGCUUUUCCAUAUUUGAAUCAGUGACGCUCCAAAUAGAGGAGCUUCUGUUAUUUUAGAGUUUAAAGGUACUCCCCAUUGGAACUAAUAUAAAUGAGAUAAAGAGUAUGAUUACUUAAGGUUCCUGUCUCUACUCUGUCUGAAGAGCUUUUUCUUUUUUCUCAUCUUACUUAUCAUAUGUGAUGGAUAAUCACAUGUGAUCAGCAGUUUAAGAAUUUUAACAUAAUAAAAUUUGCCAGAGACUGUAUGAAAGAAGUGGACAUAGCAGCUGCCAUGUUUGUUUGGCGUCUUGGCUUUCACUGUUUGUUUUUGGGAGCCAGGCAAGGAUAUAAAUUGGACCAGGUUUUGGGGCUGCCAUAUCUAUAUAUGUGUUGCUACAGCUCUAUUCUGAUUUAGAGGUUGGUAUGGUAGUUGGACCUGCCAAUGACGAUGUAAGCAUAUCCAAAAGCAUCAUUUAUUUAACUCUACAUGCCGUACUAAAGAAGACCUGAAACUAUAGAACGAGGUCAUAGAAUCAUUUUUAAGUUUAUUUAUCAACUAACAUAUAGGCUUUUUAAAUUCUAUACAUUUGGACCUAUUUUUGCAAAUUGCAGUUGCUUCGGGCUUCCCAUGUCCAACCCAGAUGCCAUGUCCCCUUCUUUUAUGCAGUCUAUGACACUGACGUAUAUAUAAGUGUCGAUCCUUUACCCUCAGGCCUUUUUGUUCAAAGGAAGCAUGGUGACUAGAUGUUGCCUUUAAGGACUUAUACAAUCAGGAAAAUGUAGUUCUAAUGAAUUCUGAUGAUAAUGAAUAGAAAGAAUUUCAAAAGGAGAUGUAGAAUGCUACCUUCAGUAAUAUAUAAGAAUAUCUCCUGACCACUCAAAGUGUUUGUUAAACAGGCCAGUAAAUACAUAAAGACUUAUAUUCUACAUAUCGACAACACAGAGUCAAUUCGCUCCAAAUGAUCAGUGUGUUUCUGUUGAAUCCAAAUGUGUAACCUUCUCUCAUAAAUUGCAUGUUGAGGCUCUCUGUGAAAAUAUGAUAGCCUCUUUUUGUUGUUUGUCCUCAGCCCCACUCCACAACACAUCUGAUCCCAAAUCAGCUCCUGUAGCAUGCCCACUGUCUUGUACUUUUCUCCUCAAAACAUUAAGUAAAGGGCUUAUUAAGAUAAACAGUACAAACAUCGUCAUCAUCAACACAGUCAGAGACACCAAACACCGAACACACACCAUCCAAAUUAUAAGCAGACGAUAAAAGUUCCAAACACGGCUCAUUUCCUGUUUCUUUCGGACCUUGUACGCCUGCCCUGCAGAGGGACUCCACUGGCUGUUACUAGAGAGCAGGAACAGAAACAAAUUCAGAGAGAGGAGCAUGUCAUUUUUGUGAAAGCACUGAUGGCUUAACCUGAUAAUCAUCUUAAGUAUAAGCUGACACUUCUGUUUAUUUCAUCAAUGUUGACCAGCAUGUGAGCAGAAAGGAAUGGUGUGACCUUAAGGGCUGACUUUUUCUUUAGUUUCUAGACAUUUCUUUUGUCUCUUCGAUGAACACGGCUGUGAGAUCAGGUAUUCGAAGAAAAACAGAUGUUGCUGAAUGCAUUUUUUUUUCCACUGUCAAGUAUGUUACCUAAAUGAGAUGUCCAAUCUGAUAUCUGAUGUCAAGAAUUUUAUUAUACAGCAUA